AUGAGGAAAUGUGACAAUUGGAGUCAUCUUUUCACAGCUAAGCUUGCCGAAAGUCCAGAGGAAGGGGGCUUCUGCAUUACUGAAGCCCUCAUCACUAAGCGGAACUUGACCUUCCCUGAGGAUGAAGAACUGUCAGAGAAGAUGUUUCAUACUCUUGCCGAACUGCAGACUGUCCGCCUAGACCGGGAGGGGAUUACCAGUAUCAGGAACUUAGAGGCCCUCCGGAGUCUUCACAGCCUCUAUCUGCAAGCGAAUAAGAUCCAGCGAAUUGAGAACCUGGCUUGUGUACCCUCCUUGCGCUUCCUGUCUCUGGCAGGAAACCAAAUCAGGCAGGUGGAAAACCUGGUCAACCUCCCAUGCCUCCAGUUUCUGGACCUUUCUGAGAACCUGAUAGAAACACUGAAGCUCGAGGAGUUCCCCCAGAGCCUGCUCAUCCUCAACCUGACAGGAAACAGCUGCACCAAGCAGGACGGCUACCGGGAGCUGGUGACGGAAGCCCUGCCGCUGCUCCUGGACCUGGACAGGCAGCCUGUGUUGGAACGCUGGGCCUCAGACGAGGAGGAUGAAGCCUCUGGCGAGGAGGAUGAAGAGUUUCCGGAGCUGAGUGGCCCAUUCUGCUCAGAGCGAGGCUUCCUCCAGGAGCUGGAGCAGGAGAUGAGCGGGCACCAGGAGCACAGGCAGCAGGCAGCCCUGACAGAGCACCUUCUGAGGAUGGACACCCAGCCCGUCCUCACGGACCUGCCCCUGCUGCCUGUGGUGCCCAUGGCUGGGGACAGCAGCCUUUCUGUCACUCCCAGGCAAGGGAAGGAGACACCCCCUGAGGCUGCCUCCUCACCCCAGGCUGCCUCACCCACCAAGAAAGCAAGCACUCUGGUUCCCAGGGGCCAGCAAAGCUCUGUCCAGGCAAGGAAGGGGGCCCAAACAGCUGCAGCCCCCAAGGCCUCUCUGGUUGGGGUCCCCAACACAACCAAAACUACAGGCAAGAGAGUCAAGAAAUGA